UCACAUGGGUACACCUCCCUUUUCUUUGGUGUUAUCUUUUGCGUAGCUUCUGCUCUGAUGUUAUUUCUACUAUAAAAACAUAGCUAAUUUCUGCAGGGUUUAGAUAGAACCCGAUUUUAGAGAGCUUUGCAACGCCUUUUCAUCGAUGGCUGAAACACUUGAUCUUAAUUCUGGACCUGAGCUUUCAACCAGUCCUACUGAUCCCUCUCAACCUUCAGAUGUUAACUUCUGGUACCAAAUACUCACAAGCAAUCAAGAGGACCUGCAGCAUACUUUGCCGCCUUCAACUUCGAGGCUGGAUAGUGAAUGGGGACAUGUUUUUGACAAGUCCUCUAAGAAGAAGAGACAGAGGAUGGACACAAACAGCGGUGCAGGCAGUGGAGUAAAUAGUGCUAGUGAUCUAUCAGAGGCUCUGUCUGCUGUUUCUGCAGCUCUGAGUUUAUCCUCGUCUGCUUCUUCUGGAGUAAAAGAUCAAUGGGAGAAAGAGGGGGCUGAAUUCAUUAGGAAAGGCGUUGAAGAACUUCAAGAUGAGAUGGUGGAUAAUUCAAACGAAAACCCAAUCAGUUUGGACGUUCAAUCAUUGCCGUCAGAGAGCAGUGAGGAUGAUGUGCUGUUAUCGGAUAGCAAUGAAAAUAACAGUGAGAUACCGGCGACGUGGGCUUUUGAAGCGAAAGGAGAAACAUGGAAAGGUAAUUCUCAAGUGCCAGAACUUGGGAUGGUCUUCUCUUCUGAGGAGGAGGCUUAUGAAUUUUACAAAAGCUAUGCCGAUGAAAUUGGUUUCAACGUAAGAAAAGGGAAGGUGCAACGGUUGACAAACAAAGCUAUUAGAAAACGGUACCUUUUCUGUUCAAGAGAAGGGUUUCGAUCAAAGAAGAAACUCUUAAAAAUUACCAAGUAUAAGAGGAAAGAGACACGAACAGGUUGCAAUGCCAAGAUCCAUUGCACGGUGGAAAAUGGGAAAUGGGUGAUCUCCCAAGUUUCUCUUGAGCACAAUCAUCCCCUGGAAGAUCGAAGGCGUGUGACAGGAUCACACACCAAAACCAACUCUGAGGCUCCUUUAAUGAUUUGCACCGAUAAGGAAGCUGGGAUGGCCAAAGAUGUAGGGAACAAGGGCGUACAGUCGUCCAAUAUGGGCUGCACUGUUUGUGUUCCUGAUAAAAGAAUAAAUAGUUUGCAACCUGAAGCUGCUCAAUGCUUAUUAAAUUAUUUCAGGCGUUUGCAAGUGGAGGAUCUACUCUUCUUCUAUGCAGUUCAACUUGACUCUAAUGGGUACACAACAAAUUUCUUCUGGAGGGAUGGCAGGUCUAAGGUAGACUAUGACUACUUUGGUGAUGUUCUUAUUCUGGACAAAACUUUUAGGAUUGAGGAACAUAACAUCAUCUGUGCUCCUCUUUGGGGACUGAAUCAUCAUCGGCAGCAAGUCCUUUUUGGAUGUGCUUUCUUGCUGAAUGAAAGCACUGACUCAUUUGUUUGGCUGUUAGAGACUUUUAUGGAAGCUAUGGACAGGCAUCAACCGAAAACAAUUUUUACCGACGAGAAUGAGCUGAUGGUUGAUGCAGUAAAGGCGGUGUUGCCUGAUGCAGAACAUCGAAUUGGUAUCUGGUAUAUCCGCCAAAAUGCAUUAAAGCAGCUUUCCGCAUUGUAUAUGCAACCUGGUUUUGAGAUUCUCUUCAACAAAUGCAUCUCUGAUUGCCAAACAGAGGAGGAAUUUGAGUCGAGGUGGGAGUCGUUACUGGAGCGAUUUGAUCUUUCUGAAAACCCAUGGCUUAGUAGUCUGUACAAGUCAAGAGAAAGAUGGGCUUGUGUGCUUAUCAAGAAAACCUUCUGUGCAGGUCUGCAACAUGGUGAGAACAUCCAAAGUGUUUUCCAAAUUCCUAAGAAUGAGAACACGGGUCUAUUAGAGUUCGCCCAACAAUAUCUGGAAGUGGUGAAGAGAAGACGCUUGGAAGAGCUAGACGAAGAUUUUCAAUGCAAUGGAACUGCCCAGGUGACAAUUUUAACUGGUAGUGCAAUUGAGAGACAAGCAGCCGAUAUAUACACGCGCACAUUGUUCAAAACAUUUCAGGAAGAGUUUCUGAAAUGUUUAUCAGUGACAAUAGAAGAAACCGCCAGUAAUGAAACAAUCACCACAUACAAGCUGACAGAGGAAGGCCACAAGGAGAGCGUUGUGGAAUUCAAUUGCUUAGACUCUAGAGUUGCUUGCAGUUGCAAGAAGUUUGAAUCUUUUGGCAUUUUAUGUGUCCACGCCUUGAAGGUACUGAAUGCAAGAAAUAUCUUUCAUAUACCCCACAAAUACGUAUUAAAGAGGUGGACAAAAUCUGCAAAAUGUGGUGUGCCAUAUGAAUAUGAACAGGAGAUGGCUGACGAGACGAAGCAGCAUACAGUGAAUUUGCUUAUGCACAAAACUUUGAAUGUCUUUACUAAAAGUGUGGCAAUUGAGGAUAGCAAGAAGAUAGCUGUGGACUAUCUGGGAGAGACAUUAGAACAGAUAGAAGAUGUUCUAAGAGCAAAGAAGGCAGAUCAUCUUGAAAUGAUAGACAUGAGCAGGGGUUCGAGCAAUGGAUUGGGAAAACAGCCUGAGAUUAGUUUGUUCUCACCGUCACUUCAAUUGGAUUCUGGGAUUACUACUAAAGAUGAUGGCGAUAGGGGCAUUAGAGACUCAGAAGUCGACACUGCAAAAGCAAGUGAUUACGUAGAGAACCAGUUGAUCAGGAGGAAACUCGGGCUUUCUAAGAAGCAAUCUCAUACACUUCAAGAGAUCUUCAAAAUACACAAUACCUUCACCCCCAGCACACUGCGUUUGGCUUUAGCUGGACAGUUGAAACUUGAUCCUGUCACAGUGGAUGUUUGGUUUCGGUUGAAAAGAGAAAGGACAAAAUUGAAGCAGACAGAAGCUAUUGACGCUGCGAGAGCAAGUUCAAGAGCACGUGAUGAUGAAAAGAACGGUUCGACAUGGAUGAAACGAGGGCUCUCUAAAGAACAAUUAGCUUUUCUUGAAGAGCGCUUCGAAGAGCACCAUUCCCUCAAUACUAAGCAAAAUCUAGCUUUAGCAAAGCGGUUGAAUCUUCGUCCUUUCCUGGUCAAACGGUGGUUUCGGUUUCGAUGGCAAGUUGCUUUUCUUUGA